UAGGCUUUUCGCUGUGGCGUCAUACUUGCAACUAUGAAUCAUGCCCCGCGUUUGGUUACUUCUCUUAGGUAUACACAAUGCGCUGAAUGAGAAAUCCACAAAUUGUGUACUACCUAGGUAUUAAGAGGCAAUUCCUCACAAGACCGCAAACUGAUUUCUCAUGCUCAGAAUGUCGAAGCGAAUCUCUUUCAGGAUAUCGGGCACCGUACAGGGUGUAGGCUUUCGCGACUUCACUCAGCGGAAAGCAACAAGCUAUGGCUUGACUGGACAUGUCAAGAAUACUUCAGAUGGCAGAGUCGCGGGCGAGGCGCAAGGAUCCGAGGAUGCUCUCAAGAAGUUCAAAGCGGAUCUCAAUGAUGGGCCCAGACAUGCUCAUGUAGUGAAAGUCGAAGUCCAUGAUAUUCAACCCAAAAGUGGUGAAAGUGCAUUCGAUGCGUGACAAAUGUUGCCGCACGCACUCAGAAUUGGCGAAGAUUUAUCAUCACUCAGUCAGCCAAUGGCAAGCGGGCCAUACCAUGCAGCUUCAUGCUCUAGACUUGCUGGGACGUUCCCUCGAAUACAGGCAAGUGACAACUGGCGUCCACGAAGCGCAUGUAAAAGCAAAGAUAUGAGGGAAUAAAUUGACAGGACAGACAGGACGUCGUUGUCAAAGAGGUCAUAGAUAGAACUGGGAUGCCUACUCCUCUGAAAAUGCCAAGGCAGGUUCAUUGUUCAGCCUCAGAGAACCCGACUUAUCCCGAUGAGUCACCCAGAGGUUUCCAAAACUGUGCCUUGGGUCACAUUGCACGACACAGAUUUUGGCAGGCUUGAUUAAAUGCGCUCAGCCUUCUCCUUCC